AUGGCAUCCUCUCAUGCUUCUUCCCAUUCACAGCCCUCAACCCGGCCUUCAACUUCUUCCACCCAGGAAUACCCUUCGGAAACAGUAGCCGCGGAACCGGUCCUGAUCAGAGAGGGCAAUUCCUGGGUCCUUUAUAUCACCGAUAAGUCGCCCAACCCCGAGCCGGUGCCUGAUCUUCAAUGGGAGCAAUGUUCGACCAUCAUUGUACGGAUCAAUCCCUUGCCAGAUUCCCCAACAGGAUCCGCAAACCCCAUGGUGGACUUCAACCACGCCCCGACCUGCAUGACAAGCCUGGUCAGUCGAGUUGAACAAGUCUCUGCGUCGAUGAAGAGCAAGCUGCAAGAUGAUAUCAAUGCCGGCCAAAAGACAGUUCAAGUUGUUUUUGGGGAAUGUUAG